AUGGCUUCAUCAAACAGAAACUGGCCUAGUAUGUUCAAGUCCAAGCCCUGCAACACUCACCCUCACCAAUGGCAGCAUGAUAUCAACCCAAAUCUCAUCUCAAAUGGUUGCCACCGACCACCUUACACUACAGUUCCUGGAUGUGAAGAACGUAGUCCAGAGCCAAAGCCAAGAUGGAACCCAAAACCUGAGCAGAUCCGCAUAUUGGAAGCGAUCUUCAACUCUGGCAUGGUUAACCCUCCAAGGGACGAGAUAAGAAGAAUCAGAGCUCAAUUACAAGAGUAUGGGCAAGUAGGCGACGCCAAUGUAUUUUACUGGUUCCAAAAUAGAAAGUCAAGAAGCAAACACAAGCUUCGCCACCUCCAAAAUUCAAAACAAUCCCAACAAACCAAUCAAAAUCCUCAAAUCACCUCCGUUGCCUCUAAUAUUAUAGCUCCUUCUUCUUCAUCGUCUUCUUCUGAGAAAUCCUCUCCAAAAGGGUCUAGUAAGACUCUCUCUUUGAGCUCUCCAAAUGGUGUCGAUGUGUCCAGUGCUUCUUCAACUGGAUCAGUGAACCAGACCUAUUUUCGAGCUCAUAACGAGUUCUUGACCGAACCCUUUUUCUUUCCAAAUCAACAGACUGUUGAAGGAACAAGUUUAACACAAGGGUUUGGCUUCCCUGAGCUUUCAAAUGUGGUUCAGGUUCACCGUCCACAACUUGGGCCUUGCACUAGUCUUUUGCUUAGUGAGAUAAUGAACCAUGGAACUGCAAAGAAAGAGCAAGAAGAGACAAUGAAGAUCCAACAACAUCUCAAUUACUCUAUGACCACUCUUCCUAGUACUCUAAGUAUUGCUCCCUCUCCUCUUCCUGACACCACCGCUACUGCUACUGUUCCAUCUACCAUCAACCAAAUUCAAGGUCUUGAAGAAUCAGCUAGUCCAGUGGCCCCAGCCGGUGCUGCAACGGCAAGAUCAACGGUGUUCAUCAACGAUGUGGCUUUUGAAGUGUCCAUGGGACCCUUCAAUGUGCGUGAGGCUUUUGGUGAAGACGCUGUCUUGCUUAACUCCUCUGGUCAGCCUGUUCUCACCAACGAGUGGGGUGUCACACUGCAGUCCCUCCAUCAUGGCGCAUUUUACUAUCUGGUGCGAACUUAA